AUGGUUCGCUACGCCGCCGCCGCCUCCGCCCCAACCCCGAGAGGAGUACCUUCCCGCGCUCGCGGGGAGUACCUCCGCACGCACUUCAAGAACAUGCGCGAAGUUGCGGCGGCUCUGACUGGUCUCAAGCUGACCAAGGCCUACACUUACCUCAGCGACGUGAAGGACCACAAGCAGGUCAUUCCCUUCCGUCGCUUCUCUGGUGGUGUCGGGCGUGCAUCGCAAGCGAAGCAAUUCAAGGCAACUCAGGGUCGCUGGCCUGAGAAGUCCGUGAAGUUCAUUGUGCGCCUACUCAAGAACGCCGAGUCAAAUGCUGACGCAAAAAACCUGGACUUGGAGGAUCUCUACAUUAAGAACAUUGUCGUCCAGCAGGCACCCAAAACCCGCCGCCGCACAUACCGUGCGCACGGUCGCAUUAAUCCCUACCAGGGCCACCCCUGCCACGUCGAGAUCAUCCUUGGCGCAUCCGACGAGGAGGUCGAGCGGGCGAAGGACAAGGACGCCGUCGCGACUUCUUUCCCUGGUCUCAACAGGCGGCAGGUUGCCCGCCGACGGAUCGAGGCUGCACGCGCAUAAGGUGUAGUGCGUGUAGCGAGGAGCGAGGGGUCUUUGCGCAGGUAGGCGCUAUGAUGAUUGCUCGAGGCACCGAGCGGCCGUUGUCAUCUCCAUGUAUAUGCAUUAUGCCAUAUUGCCAACCCACGACUUUCGAACACGACAUAUGGUUAAUGCCUUCUCCUUGUGUUCUUGCGGGUCUCAAUAACUCGGGCGCAAUCGGGCCCAGUCUAACUGAUUGAUAACAUAACGGGAGAGUGCUACUUGAUACAGGCUGCGGAAUAAACGAGAGUAGAGAGCACAUCUGUGAGGUAAGGAGUGUGGUAACUGCUACAAAGGAUCGUGAGGGGAUAGCGUCAAUUGGAUAGCUGCGCACAUAACAAUAGCAGGUGAGAGCACAGUGCAGAUCAGGAGAGCAAGACAAGA